AUGACAGUGUAUCACAUAGUCCUUUUCAAGUGCAAGCGUGGUACUGGCCCACAAGAGCUCGCUCAAUUUUCUCAGUCCGCCAAGCAAAUGUUGGGCCAGAUUCCAGGAUUGUUGGCUGUUGAGGUCGGACAAGCACUAGAAUUCACUAAGCCCUUCGCUCAUGGAUAUGAUGUGGGAGCUGUGGUGACAUUUGCCAUGCCAGAGGACGUUGAAGUAUUUGCAAAGCAUCCUCUUCACGACGGAGUGAUGCAGCUGCGGGAUGAGUUCUUUGAGGAAGACAUGUUGCUUCUCGACUUUAAGUUUUGA